UGGCAAAAUGGUGUCAUACGGUUUCUUAACAGUUGCGAUCAUAGCUUUGAUUGGCGGUGUAAGUUGUUUCCCCGAGAAUCGUGUGGUAAAUGGCACUGACUCCGAUAUUACCGAAUAUCCUUUUAUAGUGUCCAUGCGUAACCCCUCUGGCUCUCAUUCGUGCGGUGCCAGUAUCAUUGCACCACGUUGGAUUCUAACAGCUGCCCAUUGUGUAAGUGGACGUGUAGCCAGCCAAUUGAGCAUUCAAUAUGCCACCACUAAGAUAAGUGCGAAUGGUGCCAAUGUUAUUGGUGUUAAACGUAUCAUUAUGCAUGAGAAAUAUAAUCCUUCGGAUUCUUAUGCCAACGAUAUUGCUCUGUUGGAAUUAACCGGCUCAUUGGUUUACAACUACAAGACCAUUGCGCCAGUGACAUUGCCUGAUCCUUAUUAUGAAAUUGAUCAGGUGCCAGAAGGUGUUCCGGGUGUUUUGGCUGGUUGGGGCUUGAAUUCGACAUUUGGCAGUAUUCAAACUCAUUUACAAUCGGUCGAAUUGAAAAUUUAUUCCGAUGCCGAAUGUCAACGCAGGCACAAUAAUGAAACCACCAGUCAUCAUCUUUGUGGCGGUGUCGAUGAAGGUGGUAAGGGUCAAUGCAAUGGAGAUUCCGGUGGUCCUCUAGUCCAUAAUGGUUCCCUUCAACUGGGCAUUGUCUCAUGGAGUGUUAAGCCUUGCACUGUGGCUCCCUAUCCUGGUGUGUACACCAAGGUUUCUCAUUAUGUGGAUUGGAUUUAUGAAAAAAUGCGCCAAGUGUAAAUAAUGAAAUGAAAGUAAAU